GUGAGCCAGGCAAGGUAAUAUUAGAAGAAGAGUGUCAUUCUUCUUCUUGCAUCGAAGCAAACAAAUGUAGCGGUUCUGUAAUGGCAUCUCGAAGCUGUCCCACCAAAGGCGAAGUCUGCUGUUCCAUGAUAAAAGCUGAAGACAGACAUCGUUGCGGUCAUUUUGGAGGUGUAUGCAUGAACAAGUGUGCCCCGACAAUCCAAGUCAAGCAAGCUGAUGACUGUAGCAAUGGAGAAACAUGUUGCGUCUUGGUUUAACUGAAAACCGUAAAAAUAAAAAAGCUCGCAAUAAUUUGAAAUAAUGUAAUAUACUUCUCAACGUACCUGUAUGUAAUUAACAAAACAAUCAAACUGAAACUGUAAAAGUUUCAUGUAUAAUAACAUUGGCGCUCUUAAAGAUGGAGCUGUUCAAAUAAAACAUUUUUUCAGGCUUA